AAUGCUCAAUAAUUGUACUAAAUAAAGUACAAUUAAUUUAACAUCAAUCAAUCCUUCAAUAAAAAUAUUGACUUGUUAAUGUACAUUUUUCCAUAUGGGUUCAUUUGAUAUAUAUAUAUAUAUAUACUAUAGUUUGUGGUUGAUAGUGGAAUGGUAAAGUGUUUAAUAUGUCGAACAGUUUGUUGAGUAUUUUUAAAUUAAUUAAAUACAGGAGUGUGAGUGUGUCGAUUUUUAAGAUAGGUUGUUCUUUAGAAACUGGAGAUCGAGUGCAUGUCUGCGAGAUGUUAAUCCGACUUCCGAGUCUGGUAGCUAUGGGUUUAUAAUCAUACUGCUCAUGACGGACGCCCAACCUUCACUGAACACAUUAAAUUAGGAGAGACUGGCUAACUAUCCCGGAUGAUACUGAGGUAAAAAAAUUGAACAAGAGUAGUAUAAUAAUGUAGAUUCUGGAUCUCCCCCCACUUAAAUUUUACAUCUAAAAGCAUAGGCUCCUCUGUAUAGGCGAUUCGUAGUACAGGCUCCUCCGAUCUUGUAUAAGUUACCAAGCAUAGACAACCCGCAACACACAUAAACUCAUCAAACAUCACAACUUACAGGCUAGUGCAACUCUAUAGUGGGGAUUUAAACGACAUAGUUUGCACUACGCAACCACCGGUAGCGCUUUCAGUACUACGUCGUUAUCAGCUGUUGAACUAUGUUAGGUUAUAUCACUUUGUGAUUUCUGAUUACAUUACGACUUGUUCAAAAUUUGCGAAUGCAACGUUUUUUUCACGAGUUCUGUUAAAGUGUUUAAUGUAUUAGUGUUGAAUUUGAAUAUUGAUUGACGAUUCGUUUUUUUAUUUACUUUUACUUGUUACUGAUAUUGAUAUAUAACAUUUAUCGUUGAUCAUCAUUAGGUAUAUUAUUAAAUAUUUGAUUUAAUAAUGCCUCCGAAGAAUGCCUUCAGAUGUGUUGUGGGUGGCUGUAAAUCGAGAGAUGUGAUAUGCCAUCGUUUUCCUAAUCCACGUACAGAUAUGGAAAGACUUAAAACUUGGAUGGAAAUUGUUGGAUUAAAAAAUGAAGAUCCUUGUUUAGUUUAUGCUAAAAAGUAUGUUUGUUCUCUACAUUUCACAAGCGAUUGUUCGAGUAUUGGCACUAAACGACUUAACGCUAAAGCGUUACCGUCCUUGUUUUUACAUUCUGAUAUUAUUGAAUUGGAUACUGUACAAACGGAUUCAAACAGGGCCGGACUGGAAGGGUUUCUGCCCACUAUUCUCUGUAUGCAACCGGCCCAUUUUACUAUAUUUAACGGCCCAACUAACACAAUAUUACAUUUUUCUCAAUAGUAUUUCUACCUUUACCAACGUUUUAUAAGAAUUAGGAUUUAGGAACUUUGUCGGUGUUGAUUACAAAGAAAAUGUAAAAUAUAUCAAUACAUAUAGGUAUAAAUCAGUAACACCAAGUAACAGUAUGACAAAUUCGAUUUUAUAAUUAUAUAAUUAUGUAAUUAUGUGAACGAUAAUAAUUUAGAUAAAGUAUGAGAUGAGUUUUUAAUAAUGUCC